AUGUUCCUGCGCAUGGUCCUCCUCGCAGUCCUGCCCCUGCUAGGCUUCUAUCUGUACGAAAAAGCCCGUCACAGCCGCUUUCAGCAGUUCGCCGCCUGGCCGCAGCUGAAGCCGUCGCUGGUCUGGGGUCACCUAAAGGCCUUUAAUAAGUUUAUUGCCACCGCGGAUCCCAGCAGACACAUUGACAUCGUGCUGCAAGAAAUCAGACGCCACUUGGGAAAUCCGCCGCUGUUCCUGCUGGACCUGCGCCCUAUCCAGCGCCCCCUGGUGAUCGUCUGCAGCCAUGAAGUCGCCGAGCAGGUCUCCAAGAGCACGAAAGAACUGCCCUACAGUGUGCCCAAGUCGCCUACCAUCAAGGCAUUAGAGCCACUGCUUGGUCCAAACUCCAUUCUGUCAGCCCAUGGUGAGCAAUGGAGGAGCCUGCGCAAGCGAUUCAACCCCGGGUUUGCGCCGCAGCACCUGAUGAGUCUCAUGCCUUGCAUCCUAGACAAAGCCUGGCGGUUCCUGGAGAACCUCGACCGGCACGCCCUCGAUCGCAACGAGUUCUCCCUGGACGAGCCCUGCGUGAACCUCACCUUCGACAUCAUCGGCGCCGUCACCAUGGACGAAGACUUCUGUGCCCAACUCGGCCAAGACAAGCAGACCGAGCUGGUCCGCCGCUUUCGCGAGCUCACGCUCAACUUCCGCACCGUCACCAGCAACCAGUGGUUCACCCUCAACCCGCGCACCAUCAUCCACCGCUGGUGGCUCUCGCGCCGCAUCGACACCAUCCUUUCCGACCACAUCCGGGCCAAAUUCGCCGAGCUCAAGGCGCAGUCCGCCGCCGGCGCCAAAUCCCGCAGCGUGCUCUCGCUCAGCCUGCAAAACCUCGACCGCCUCGACAACCGCAUCGUCGCGCAGACCCGCGACCAGCUGAAAAGCUUCCUCUUCGCCGGCCACGACACCACGAGCAUUCUGCUGCAGUGGGCGUUCUACGAGCUGAGUCGCACGCCGCGCGCGCUGGCCGCCACCCGCGCCGAGCUGGAUGACAUCUUCGGCGCGGACAGCUCGCCCGCCGUCGUGCGCGACAUGCUGCUGUCCAGCCAGCGCGAGGGCCUCGUCCGUCGCAUGAGCUACACCUCCGCGGUGAUCAAGGAGACCUUGCGGCUGUACCCGCCGUCGGGGUCGGCGCGCCACCUGCCCUACGGGUCUGGCUUCACCGUCGCACUGCCGGGCGGCGGCUCGCUGUGUCUGGACGGGACGGUCAUUUAUAACUGUUCCACGGUGAUUCAGCGCGACGAGGGAGUCUAUGGCCCCACGGCGGCGGAGUUUCGUCCGGAGCGCUGGCUCGGCGAUACGGAUACCAGCAUGCAGACCAAUGUCGAUGCGAAGGAGGAUGCGGGACGCAUCCCGGCCAGCGCGUGGAGACCGUUUGAGCGCGGCCCGCGGAAUUGCAUCGGACAGGAGCUGGCCAACCUCGAAGCACGCGUCAUCCUCGCUUGUACCGUGCGGCGAUAUGAUUUUGAAAAGGUUGGCCUGGGCGCGAUUACCCACGAUAGUACGGGACUGCCCGUCGUGGCUUCCAACGGACAGUACGAAGUCGAGAACGAGGUGUUCAAUACUAUGCAAGUGACCGCAAAACCGGUCGAUGGAAUGAAAGUAAAAGUGCGACUGGUACCAGGGGCUGCACCACUACUCGCAUAG